AUGGAUUACGCUGACGACUUUGAAGAUAAUAACCCAUUUGCUAGAUUUGAAGAUGAUGAAGCCUCACAUUUUGAGCCUCAAGUGGAAAGUCUGACGCCGCAGGAGCAACUGAUCGAAAAUGUUGGGUUCGCAAACCAAGAAAACCAAGACACCGAGGCUGAUCAAGACCUCAUAUCAAAAACUGAUUUACGGAAGUUGAUACCAGAACGAUUCAGCCAAAAGUAUAGUUUACAUAUUAAGCUCGUAUCCAUUGAAAGGAACAAACCAGAAAACCCAAUUUUACGAUUGUCUGUUCGUGUGCAAGGACUUCCUAAAUUCAGACAAAAGGAAUACGAAGAUGUACGUCGCACCUUUAAUGAAGUAGUCAAAUUCAACAAGUACUUGGCGGUGUCGAAUUUGGAAGUAUUUGUCCCCGUAAUCCCAAGCUCAGUUACUUCUUACCCAACUGGCGGGGAGGACGAAAAGAAGCAAUUAAUAUUUGUAUGGCAAGAGUGGUUUGAUCGAAUCACUUCAAAUCCGAUUCUUAUCCGAGAUGAGGAAUUUGUGUUUUUUGUCGAAAAUGAUUUUGGAUACAGUGUAAUAAACAGCAACAAAAAGUCCUCAGUCGCAAGUGGGUUAAUGAGAAAAACUUUGAAACAAUUUCCUGUUCCCGAUGAUCCUUUCCUAGAGUUGGCGGGGUUUAGACCAACUAUAAAGAAUGCGUAUUUGUUGUGUCAAAGAUUGCAUCGAUUGCUCGAUAAAGUAUCUAAAAGUGAAAAACAAUUAUCAAUACAUGUAUAUAAUAUGUCAAAUAAAUUGACUGUGUUGUCACAAUUUGAAACCACCCAUCCUGGUAUGAAAAAUAUGUGGGAAAAAUUGGGCAAAGUGGUCCAGGUACAGUCGGAUCUUUUGCUUGUGGAAUCAAUUGGUGAGAUGGGUGUCUUGGGCGAUGGUAUUCAAUACUUUGCCAAUGAUUUUUACGAGAUUAAGGAAGCUCUAACUAAUCGGUAUUUGAUUAUGCGGGAGUUGCUACAGGCUGAGGCUCAAACUAACGCAAAGCACGUCCAUGCCAACAAAAUGAAAAACAAAGCCUCCUUGGAUCCUAUAAAAGUCGAUGAGGCAUUGAGAGCAUUAGAGUAUGCCUCGAAAGUACAGGAGCUGCUAAACUUACAAGUCAAAAGAAUAUCGGGAGAAAUGUUGUUUGAAAAAGACGAGGUUGUCGAUUUUGUCGAAAAGAAAUUUAAAAGCUUACUAAAGGCUUAUGCUCUACACAAAAUAGAUCAUCAUCGGAAAAUUUUGAAGAAGUUUGAAGCUAUCCGAUUGGACGUUAGAAGUGUUGACGAACGUGGUGGCUUGUCACGUCUCAACCGUGACAAUUUGGCCAGUAUCAAGCACAAUUUGCUCCAAUCGCAAGCCCCUUCAGGUGAUUCAUGGUCUUCACGAACGUUUAGGUCGUUAGAGAAGGAAGAGGAGACGAAACAAAAAAGUAAGCCCCAAACAUCUUCCUUACAAGCAAGUUCGGUGGAUGCGAAAAAUGCCGCUAGUUUGCUAGGUGUAGCCACAUUUUAG